GAAUCGAUAGAAACGAAACAUUUUACGUUGAGUGGACGGCUCACACGACUUUGCAAAUUUCGCAGAGAUGACCGAACAGCGAAACGUUUCCUCGAGUGCAAGGCCUCGUACCGAGCACGGGACCGUCGUCGGCGCCGGCGUCGGCGUUGGCGUCGGCGUCGAAGGUAGAAGCGUCGCAGGACUUCGCGCUGGCUCUACCCUCAUGAAGAGCGUGUCUAUCUUUUUGAUGAGCGGUCGCAAAGCUUCUGUGGAAUCGAAAAGGUUAACUUCCGGCGGCCCGAAGCACGAGCAGCCACGAAGAAGGCGUCGCGCAAGAAUGCCGGACGGAGCAAGCGGUGCUAGAAAUUCCACGCACACCGUCAAGCUCAUCGAGUCGCUCCGAAAGAAAACAAGAUUCUCGUGGCAAGAAUUGGACAAUCUGUGCAAGCUCUACAAAAAGUUAACCAGUUCCGGACAGCAACAAGUAGGACAAACGUUCGUUAUCGGUAGAAGGCAGCAAUCCAGCCAGACUAUAGAGGGUAUCGACAGAACGGUGUUCCGGGACUUGCUGCACAACACGUUCAAAGUGAUCACCGAGGACGCGCUGGUGGAACGUAUAUUCUGCUGUUGGGAUCGGGAGAACGAAGGGAUCAUUCGAUUGGAACCGUGGAUCAUGGGUCUCGAUCUAUAUCUUCGCGGUAGUCUGCGGGAGAAGAUUGAGUUCUGCUUCAAGGUUUACGACCUGAACAACGACGGAUUCAUUACGAAGGAUGAAAUCUUCCAACUUUUCAAAAAGUGUCUGAUGAAGCAGCCGGGAGAAGAAGAUCCAGACGAGGCGGUAAAAGAUCUGUCGGAAUUGGUGUUGAAGAAACUCGACGUGGAUCGUGACGGAAAAAUCUCCUUUCAAGACUAUAAGUUGGCUGUUAUGGAGGAACCGCUGCUUCUCGAGGCUUUCGGACAAUGUUUGUCUACCGAUGAAAAUUGUGCACGCAUCAUUGACACGUUACAGUAACGGGACCGUACAGAAGUUACACCGCACGAUCAAUAUUUACCUUUUUUUGUCUAGCAACUUUGAACAGUUAUUCUAGUAAGCAGAAAUAAUUUCAGCAAUAUGCUAAAGGUAUAACAAAAACAUAUACAAUCUCUUCCGGAGAAAUUAAUUUCAUUUGUUCUAUAGUAUAUAAAACAGCUGAAUAUAUCGAUAUGCUUAAGUAGAAAUUAAGGGCAAUUAAUUAAUAUAAUAUAUCUAAUUAUAGUUUAAGUGAAAAAAAUUAAAAAUGUAGGUAACAGAUAAUCUCGUUGUACAUCAUGGCAGUAAACGAUUGUUCGAAUACAAUUUGUA